AUGGCCACUUCCAAAGGAUCGCGUCGCCCAGCCUCAAACCCCGUGCAAUCAUUCUGGAACGCGGAUCCCAAGAGCCUUGAUGACUAUCAAAGUACCCCUGAACUUCCCCCUACGGCUGACAUUGUUAUCAUUGGGGCGGGGCUGUCCGGAGUUGCUACGGCCUACUUCAUUCUGAAGGACAAUCCUGACCCUCCUUCUAUCCUGCUGCUUGAAGCAAGACAGAUCUGCUCUGGUGCGACCGGCCGCAAUGGUGGGCAUGUGAAGCCUGACACAUACUCCGACAUACCUAAGUAUGCAAAGCUUUUUGGCUUAGAAGCAGCUUCCCAACUGGCUGAGUUCGAAGCGUCGCAUGUUCACGCUGUCAAGGAACUGGUUGAGACAGAAAACCUAGACUGCGACUUUCACAUGACCCGAGCGCUUGACGUUUAUUUGGAUGAAGCCCACGCAAAUGAAGUUCAAUCCACAUACAAAUCACUUUACAAACUUGGCACUAUCAAUGUACGCGACGUCACCGUGACUUCAGGGAAAGAUGCGGAACGGGUGAGUACCGGUUGCCUUCGGCCAUAUGAGCUGUAUGGAGUUUCUGUGGCUAAUAUCAUAUAUGAUGCAAAGAUAUCCGGAGUCAAAAACGCGAAAUGCUGUGUGUCUUAUACUGCAGCUCAUCUCUGGCCAUCCAAGCUUGUACACCAGCUACUUGGAAAGCUAGUCAAUCAAGGACUGAACCUCCAGGCUCACACAGCCGUCUCAUCGGUAUCACCUACUCAAGAUAAAAAGUAUCCGCAUUCAGUCAUUACUCCGCGUGGAAGUAUUCUAGCAACAAAGGUGGUGCAUGCGACCAAUGCUUAUGCAUCAUCAAUUUUGCCAGAGUACACGAAUGCCAUCACACCAGUUCGAGGGAUCUGCUGUCACAUUGAAAGUCCCCAAGGCACCAACACGCCUCAUUUGGUCAACACAUAUGGAAUUCGAUUCGACAAAGUGAACAACGAUUACCUGAUUCCUCGUGCAGAUGGAAGUAUCAUUGUUGGCGGGGCUAGACAAGCUUUCUGGCACCAUAAGCAUCAAUGGUUUGACAACGUUCAAGACAAUGAAAUAAUUGAAGAGGCAGUUCCGUAUUUCUCUGGCUAUAUGCAACGCCAUUUUCGAGGAUGGGAGGGAAGCCAAAUGAAAACCGAGAGCAUCUGGACAGGAAUCUUAGGCUACAGCUUUGACUUUAUGCCCCAUGUUGGCAAAGUACCAGGGAGGUCUGGUCAUUUUAUUAUUGCUGGAUUUACAGGAUAUGGAAUGCCUAAGAUUCUCCUUUCUAGCAAAGGCCUAGCUGCCAUGGUGCUUGAUGGGGUUUCAUUUCAACAGACAGGAUUGCCAGGGCCAUUUCAAACCACCACACAAAGAAAUGAGUCUAAGAGCAACCCCAUGAAGGACUCAUUCAGCUCAGUAUGGACGAAUAGCGCAAAUUUGUAG